UCUCCUUCAGAGCUCAAUUAAAACUUAAUCUGAAAAUUAAUGAAAAUGGCGACAAAUAGUACCUUGAUCGGCGAACAGGGCUACGAUCGUGCCCACCAAGUUAAACAAUUCGACGACUCCAAGCUCGGAGUCAAAGGCCUCGUCGACUCGGGCCUCUCCUCCAUCCCCCGAAUCUUUAUCCACCCGCCCGAAACACUACACCAACUCCAACCCACGACCCGACCAAUUCCCACCAUCGACCUCUCCGAUCGCCGCUCCGCCCUCGUUGACCGAAUCAGCGCCGCCUGCCGGAAGUUCGGUUUCUUCCGGAUCACCAAUCACGGCAUACCGCCGGCGGUUCUUGACCGUACGAUCGCCGCCGUCAAGGCCUUCCACGAGCAGCCGGCGGAGGUCAGAGCGCAGUUCUACGGCAGAGAGAUGACCAACGGCGUGUCGUAUUUCUCCAACCUCGACCUGUACACUUCCAGAGCCGCCAGCUGGAGCGACACGCUCCAGAUGAGGCUCGCCCCUAUCUUCCCGGACGACGUCCCGGAGAUUUGCAGGGAGGAAAUCGCGGCGUGGAAUAAGGAGAUCCAACGGCUGGGAGAGGAGCUGCUGGGUCUGGUCAGUCAAGGGCUGGGAUUGCCUUCGGAGAAGCUCAAGGGGCUGACGUGUCUGGAAGGGAGGGCGAUGGUUGGUAACUACUACCCGCCCUGCCCGCAACCUGACCUGACCACAGGGCUGACAUCACACAGUGACCCGGGAGUGUUGACCGUGCUGCUUGAGGAUCACGUCGGUGGUUUGGACUUGGAGGUUAAGCACGGUGGUGCUUGGGUGGAUGUGGAGCCCGUCCCUGGUGCUCUUGUGAUCAAUGUUGGUGAUUUACUCCAGAUUAUGUCAAAUGAGGAAUACAAAAGCGUGGAUCACCGGGUGUUGGCGAAUCCACACCACGAGCCUCGGGUCUCAAUAGCCGUGUUUUUGAACCCGAGCAAUAGAGAGGGGGUGUUCGGUCCAUUGCCGGAGCUGGUCUCGCCGGAGAAGCCAGCUCUCUACAAAGAGUUUAAGUUCUCGGAGUUCAUGAUGAGGUUCUUUACGAAAGGAUUGGAUGGCAAGUCCUUGGUAAAUUAUUAUAAGCUGCAGUGAAGUAAAAGAGCUUGGGUAUCUCUACUGUACUUGAUUGAAGUUAAUAAGAUGGUCAGUUGGUAACACUA